AGCGAUACUCAAAGAAAGCACAGGAAGACAAGUCUGUUCUCCGAUACAGACGUAACAUGGACGGGGUGCUAUCAUUGCUCGUGUCAUGUGUAUGGGCGUUUCUUUUGUUGGUUUGCUGUGGGGAGGCCAAACCACCGAAUAUAGUGUUCAUGGUCGCUGAUGAUUACGGUUGGAAUGAUGUGGGCUUCCGCAACCCCGAUAUGAUCACACCCAACAUCGACAAGCUAGCAUACGAGGGAGUUAUACUGAAUCAAUCCUAUGUACAGCCAGUAUGCACACCGUCUAGGAACGCUUUCAUGACGGGAGUGUAUCCUUUCAAAGCUGGACUGCAGCAUGGUGCGUUAUUACCUGGAGAAGCUGUAUGUUCACCAUUCAAUAAACCGUUUCUCCCAGAAUAUUUGAAGAAACUGGGUUAUGAAACUCAUGCUAUUGGAAAGUGGCAUCUUGGAUUCUGUAACUGGAAUUGUACCCCAACCUACAGAGGAUUUGACUCAUUCUAUGGGUUUUACCAGGGCCAAGAACAUUACUAUAACCGUACUGUAGCCGGCGGUAAGGAUUUCAGAGACGAUAAACAAGCCGUUAUGCCCGAUGUCACGAAAUAUUCAACCUACAUCUAUGCUGAUCGUGCCAAAAAGUUGAUAUCCCAACACGACAAGACAAAGCCGUUCUACUUGUAUUUCCCGUUUCAGUCUGUCCACGAACCGAUAGAGGUUCCUGUGAGUUACGAGAAUAUGUAUAGUAAAAUCAAAAGUGAGGGAAGGAGAAAAUACUGUGGUAUGGUGACGGCUAUGGACGACCUGGUUGGGAAUGUGACGGCCGCCCUGAAGGAGAACGGAAUGUAUGAUGACACACUCUUCGUCUUCACUGCCGACAAUGGAGGAUGGCCAAUAUUCCAUGGUAACAACUACCCUCUACGAGGUGGAAAAGUCACCGUGUAUGAGGGAGGCACUCGGGCAACAGCAUUCAUUAAUGGUAAAAUGCUAGAGAAAACAGGAUACACUUACAAUGGCAUGAUGCACGCCGUUGAUUGGAUGCCAACCAUAUUGUCUGCUGCAGGUGGUAAAGUUGAAUCGGAAGUCGACGGCAUUGACCAAUGGGAUAAUUUGAGGACUGGUGCCGAUUCCAGUAGAACCGAGUUCAUCUAUAAUUUGGACGAUAAGAAUCCCCCUUUGCAAGGUCAUGCGGCUAUCAGAGUUGGUGAUUACAAACUGAUCGAAGGCUUCCCAGGACUUUAUCCAGGAUGGUAUAAACCGGAGGAAGUGGCGGUGGAAGUAAGCUCUAACCCGAAGGAAUGUGGAUUUAACACGACAGAUAAAGAGCAAAAUGAUAAGCCUGAUAAAGUUAAAUGGCUGGGGAGAGAGCUGUACAAUCUGAAGGAUGACCCAUAUGAACGUCACGACCUGUCAUUGUCACACAAGGACAUUGCGGAUACACUGAGCGCAAAAAUGGCAGAAUAUCAUAAACAGAUGAUUCCCGCCAAUGCUCCAGGAAAUUCUCCUGCUUCUAAUCCUCAGAAUUACAACGGAUAUUGGACACCUGGCUGGUGUUGAAGAAAUUCAGUAUUACACAGGAUCAAUGAUCAUUUUUGUUGUCCAAUAAGUUAACCUACACGAGAUAUAGAAUAUUUUGAUUUAAAUAUAUUCUAUAUAAUUCACAAUUUCAGCUGUAGACUUUUUAAAAUAAGAUUUUUUUCGAGAGGUUUCUUUUUGCCGCUAUUCCUUGAAAUAUACCUUGGAAAUUUCAGUUAUCGAAAUCAAACAAUUUUUACAAACUAAAACAAGUUUUUUAUUGCGAUAUGCACGCCAAAGAGCAAACGCCAUGACAAAAUAAGACAAAAAAAAUCAUGACACAAAAAGGAUGUCUUAGAUAAAGACUCCCACAUCGACAACUUAAAAGACAAGCAAAACCUUAGACAAAGAUAAAACAUUGUAAAACAUCAACAUGAUUAUACGCCAUAUAAGAUAAUUUUAUCUCGAAUACAAUAUCUAACAUCAGGAACAACAGAAAUUCAAGUAUCGGAAACGUGGGCACAUACCAUGUCAAACUGAAGUUAAGUAAUGAAUACAAGAAUUUAUGGUAUGAAAAAGCGAAAUGUUUACCAUCUAGAUCAAAGACAAACUGACCACAAAAGACCUUAAACGGUGAUUCGUGUUAUACAAGUGUUUAUCUUUCAUAUAUCUAGACAAACACUUUACAGUCACUUGAAUUAUAUAUCACUACAUGAUUUG